AUGCAAUUUGCUGCUGCUGCUGCGUGUUCAAGGGGGCUGAGACUGAAAACCAAGCCGGUCAGGAUCAGCGUUGGGCCUGGCCAAGCAUCCAGCUUCGCGAGGCUGAUAUCUCCCUCACGUGGAAUCAGUGGUCAAUGUGAGAAGCUCAACAUCACUUGUGGAUCUUCUGGGUCCAUUACCGUCGACCUCUACAACUCCGCUGCCCUCAGCUCCCCCUCCAGCCCCCUAGUGAUUCACCUGCCUCCGACCGGGCACCACCAAAGAGAAAACCACCCCCCUAUACCACCCUACCUCUUCUCCGCCUCUGCCGCCCUCCUCUCCAUAAACUACCGCUGGCACAACAGCGCCUUUCCCUCGGCCUCGCCUAAUGGCGGACGCAUUCCCUCAGCCGCCAUAUACAACAGCCACCCUUUCCCCACGCCUCUGCACGACACGCUUCACGCCUACCAGUACCUGCUCACCACCCUCCUCCCACGCUUCUCACCGUCGCCGAAAAAGCAAGAUGGCAACGGCAGGACAUCUUUAUACGCUCGUCCCGUGCCAGGGACGAAACAUGUCCAGAGACCGAUCCUGAUCUAUGGCUCCUUUGUGGGAGGCAGUAUAGCGACUUCUCUCGCCCUCACGGAAUCCUUCGAGGCAAAAUCGCUACCGACCAGGAUAGUAGGCUUGAUCACCAAGAAUGCCGUGUUCGACUGGACUGAAAUCGCUACCUCCAUUGCUCCAGAGCUCCCGCAAGAAGAGGAGGAUACGUGGACACGAGCCCCAACCGGAUGGGACGCCACAACGCUCCACGCGCUAAAGGCCCACCUCUUCACUUCGCCGGCAUCAGCAUUCGACGCCUUCGCAUCCCCGACGCAGUUCUUCCGCACGCCAGGCCUCGUCGUCCCUCUAUCCUGGCCAGUCAGAGACCCUCCCAGUCCUCCUCCCACCCCACCGUCGUCCCCGAUCCCACCUUCCUCGUCACCCUCUCUAUCGGACCUCGAGGAUCCCUCCGUGGAUUUUGACGACGUCGGCCCGUCGUCACCCCUCGCCCCCGACCCAGCCUCCGAGUCCGUCUCUCUCCUGAAACGCCUCUCGGACAUGCAAAUCGAGCAGCCAACCCGGCCCGCACAUUUGAAAUUCCCCUCUUCAGCCAGCGGGCUGCGGAUCCCGCAUUCGCUCUUCCUAUACACACCCUCGUCCCCUCCCCCUCCCUCCUCGCCACCACCACAACCCAACUCACCCGAACCGGCGGCAACCAGGCCGACCCCCGCUUCCAAAUGCUCAGCAAGCGCAACGCACUCCGCCAAGCCGAAACGGAAACCACGGAAGCUGGAAGGGGAGGUGGCAGCGGCGCGGCAAGACGCCGAAGGCGACAUCUCGCCCGGCGGGCAGGCGAAGCAGAUGGCUGCCUUGCUGAGGCGAAGCGUCCUCGUCCACGAGUUUGCGAGCAGGAAAGUUUGGGACGAGACGCUCGAUCCGGGCGCUGCGUCGGAAGAGCGGGCGCAGGUCGUGGGUGUGGGUGUGAGUGUGGGUAUUAGCGGUCGUAGUAAUGGGAGGGUUGAGGGGAAGGCAGAUAGUGGCGAGGAAGGGGAAGAACAAGAAGAAGAAUGGGAGAGCAAACCCGGCGAGGACCACGAAGAGAAAGUGGUAAGGGAGUGGAUCGAAGAUGUCCUUGGCUGA